AUGGACAAUGGAGAGAUAUGGCAUGAAAAAAGACAUUCAGCUGCAGGAGACUGGAUAAACCACGGUGGUGAUAUAUACAACCGUAGAUACGCCUAUGGAGAAACCAAGAUCAGCCCUUCAACUGUCUCGAAGCUACGUCUCAAGUGGACAUUCUACGCAGGCAAAGACAUCACUGCAACUCCUGCAAUUUUCAAUGGCAUCCUUUAUUUCCCAAGCUGGAAUGGUUAUCUCUAUGCCGUCAAAGCUGUCGACGGCUCGCUUGUUUGGAAACAAAACCUGCAAAACCUAACUGGUUUUAGUGCACCAACUUUCAUUGCUAAUGUUACUACAACCGUGUCCAGAUCAACUCCGACGGUAGCCGGCGAUCUGCUAAUCAUCGGAAUCUAUGGACCUGCUGCUGUUAUUGCUGUUAAACGAGAAACCGGAGAGCUGGUCUGGUCCACCAGGCUUGAUAGCCAUCCCGUUGGUACUAUCACCAUGUCCGGGACAUUUCAUAAAGGAGGUUUCUAUGUUGGAACAUCUUCAUUGGAAGAAGAUGUCACCAGCGUUGAGCAAUGCUGCACCUUCCGUGGCAGCCUUGCCAAACUAGACGUCCGAACAGGCGCCAUCCUGUGGCAGAUCUUCACGGUGCCUGAUAACCACGGCGUGACCGGAGAGUACGCCGGAGCUGCCAUAUGGGGAAGCAGCCCUUCCAUAGAUAUUGAAAGAAACCUUGUCUACAUUGCCACAGGGAACCUAUACUCAGCUCCUCUACGUAUACGACAAUGUCAAGAAAGAGAGAACAAUCAGACCGUGCCUACUCAACCAGACGAGUGUGUCGAGCCCGAAAAUCAUUCUGAUUCAAUAAUGGCGUUUGAUUUGGACACUGGAAUGAUCAAGUGGUAUAGGCAGCUGGGAGGUUAUGAUGUGUGGUUCUUUAUAUGCAAUAACCUCUCGGCGUUCCCAAAUUGCCCUCCUGGUCCUAACCCGGACGCAGAUUUUGGGGAGGCACCAAUGAUGCUAAGCAUACAUGUUAAUGGAAGCAAACAAGAUGUUGUUGUGGCUGUCCAGAAAAGUGGAUUUGCAUGGGCUUUGGAUCGCGAUGAUGGCGCCAUUAUCUGGUCUACUGAGAGUGGACCUGGUGGGAUUGCUGGAGGAGGUACAUGGGGAGCCGCCACAGACAAAAAGAGGGUCUACACCAACAUUGCCAACGAUGAAGGCAAGAACUUCACUCUCAAACCCACCAACAAAACCACAACUGCAGGCGGAUGGGUGGCAAUGGAUGCUCACACCGGCAAAAUCCUAUGGUCCACUGCUAAUCCUAGCAAUGCCACUUCCAAUGGUCCGGUCACUGUCGCUAAUGGUGUCCUAUUUGCUGGCUCCACAUAUCCAACUGGACCGGUAUACGCCAUGAAUGCUAAGACCGGAAAGAUUCUGUGGUCACACGACACUGGAGCCACCGUGUAUGGCGGCGUUUCAGUGAGCCAGGGAUGCAUAUUUGUGGGGAGUGGUUAUAAAGUUAACCUUGGAAGCAUUGCAUUCACCACCUUUACCGGAGGUACUUCACUCUUCGCCUUCUGUAUCCUCCAUUGAAUGGUGAAGCUACCUACUCACACUCCUAUUUAGUACCAUCCAUCUCAGUAACAGAAAAAAAUAAUCAGGCAUUCUUAAUUCAGAUGUGAAGAAUGCGUGCAAUAUAUUGUUAUCAAUG